UAUUCGAGGAGCUAUCGGCUUGUAUAAGCCCGGGACCCUGACCCUCUGGCUCUUUCCUCCUUCCUCUCCUACUCUGCACUCUUCCCCAAACCACCUCACCCCUCCCUCCACAUUCCGCAGAUAUUCAGCAAUCACCACCUCUCCAUUCUUCUUUUCGCUUUUCGCAAAACCACCUCUAGCUCGUCCUUAUCCCCAGCUCUCAAGUAUAGCUGGAGGACAUAGGACAUACCUUAUAUAUUAUUUAGCUUUAGGCGCGGCACGUCCGCCCGCCGAGGUUUGGCGGUCGUCAACACCAUGCCUCAGUCAAAGACGACCGUGGAACCGGUGGCCGAUCGGCUUUCGAUAAGGAUCCGCGAGAUUGCGGACAAGCUAGCAUCUGAGCCGGACUUGAACACGACGACACUUGUGAAAUUUAUCCAUUCUAUUCCCGACCAGGAAACCUCUGAACCACCUGCCAAGCGCAUCAGGACGACAGGAACCAACGAUCCAAUCUGCGUCGCUCGCGAGCAUGUGAUGCUGCCCGCACGUCAAGUUGCUGAGUCCCGGGACAGUAGCUUUUUCACGAGGCAGAAGGUCGAGAGCAUCAUCGCGUUGCAAAUCGAGAGCCCUGGUCCCGUGGACGAAACAGACUCAGAUAAGAUCCUACGACUUUCCUCCCGCGCGAAGUCUCGUAACUCUACCCUUCAGGUAUUGUACCUAUUAAAGAAAAACCAUUUCUCAAAGGGACAACUCAACGCGCUCCAUCUUGCCGCGAAACAUGGCCAUGCUGUGACAGAGGGCAGUAUUCGGGCCAGUGUCGAUUUUUCUGUUCGACAAAACGGCACCUCGGUUGAGCUCGAGCUAACCAUUGAGGUAUGGUGGAAUCAAACCGCCGACCCCUGGGGUGUUUCACGGCCCAAGUUAAAGUCCAAGUCCGAGCUAGCAAUACUAAAGGUACUCGACACCUGGCUUCCGGAACAUCAAGUGGAGGAGCCUGCAGCGCAGUCAUGGUCGCCCCAGGAUUUCUACGAGGCGGCAUGCGUCCCUGACAAAGAAGCCUUAGAUGCCGAACUGUCAUCAAUGAGCGUCCCAAACCUACAGGCGAGUCUCUAUCCAUUCCAAAGAAGAGCCGUCCAGUGGCUUCUGCAGCGGGAAGGUGUACAAUGGUGCAAUGGAAGAUUUCUACCGUAUAUUUCAUCGGGCUCGGCGGAGCUUCCAUUCACGUUUUCUAAGGCCAAAGAUGCAAACGGCGAUGAGUUUUUUCUGAGUCGCCUAUUCAGGGCGGUCACACGUGACACUUCAGCCUUUCUCUCCCAUCAGAACCUACGCGGCGGAAUCCUUGCGGAAGAGAUGGGCCUAGGGAAAACUAUUGAGACGAUCGCUCUCGUACUUCUACACCGACGCCCAGGAGGCCCUGAAAUGAUAUUUGAUUCGUAUUUGAGCAGAGAGCUCCUUGCGACAUCAGCCACACUGAUCGUAACCCCGACUACACUUCUAGAUCAAUGGCUUUCAGAGCUCAAACGGCAUGCGCCAAGCCUGAAUGUUAUAUACUAUCCUGGUCUGAAGAAGGCAGCAAAGACCAAAGACGAAGUUGAAAUAUCAGCAGAGUGUCUGGCCCAACAGGACGUGGUAGUCACAACUUACGAGGUGCUCAGAACGGAGAUAUGGUCAAGCUUUGAUGAGCCAGACCGUUCAAUGCGGAGGGCGAAGCAGUAUGAGCGAGUCAUGUCUCCCCUCGUGCAACUUUCGUGGUGGCGAGUCUGCAUAGACGAAGCACAAAUGGUGGAAAAUUGGGCAAACAAUGCCGCAAAGCUAGCCAGACGCAUCCCCCGCACGAACGCGUGGGGAAUCACUGGCACUCCUAUCAAGAAUAGCGUUCAGGAUCUUCGUGGCCUACUCACUUUCCUUCGGCUUCAACCGUAUGCGGAAACCACGAUUUGGAAUCUUAUCACGACCGUAGAUAAGGAGUCGUUCAGAGCACUCUUUGGUUUGAUAUCAAUGCGUCAUACGAAGAGUCUUGUCCGAAACGAGAUUGACAUCCCGGCUCAGCGGCGUUAUGUAAUAACAAUGCCAUUUACCGCUGUCGAGGAGCAACAUUACCAGAGUCUGUUUCAAGAGCUCGUUGCACCAUGUGGUCUUGAUACCCAGGGCAACCCGGUUCAAGACGGCUGGGACAUUGAGGACCCUGCGGUGCUGCACGAGAUGCGGAUAGCACUCGACCGACUUCGCCAGACGGCCUUGCAUCCCGAGGUUGGCAACCGGAACCGGCGAGCAUUGGGACGCAAGACUGGGCCCAUGAGGACGGUAGCAGAAGUUCUUGAUGCCAUGAUAGAGCAGAACGACGCAACGAUAAGAAUUGACGAGCGCAGUCUCCUUUCAUUAGAGUUGACUCGCGGACACAUCUUGGCCGGCAAGAAACGGUUCAAGGAUGCCUUGUCGGUCUGGAAGGAGGUGCUUUCCAAAGCCACGAGCAUGGUUUCUGAAUACCGUGAACAGUUGGACCGAGAGGUCAAGGAAUCCCGCCAAGAGAACGCAGGGGUAGAGCUCAAGGUUUCUGGUAAUGGCGAAAACGAGGACCGAGAGGUGUCCCCUCGAAUUGGAGAGGCACGCCGACGACUUCGAUCCGCGCUUGAAAUUCAGCAUAGGGCGGUUUUCUUUUGCGCGAAUGCAUUUUACACCAUCAAGUCCAGCGAGGAAACUGUGCCUGACUCGGAAGAGUUCAAGGGAUUGGAGAAACUGGAGACAGAGCACUACGAUAUUGCAAAGGCGAUCAGGAAAGAAAUUUUACAGGAAAGUCACGGGAAGGCGAAGAAGCUGAUGGGGAAGCUGAAACGCGCUGCAAACGAACAAAACUUCGUUGUUAUCCCCGAGUCCAAGCUUCUUCGCCAAAAGGGCAUUGAAAGCCGCAGAAUCGUUGAUGCUCUCGAGAGCCUUGGUAUGGCGUUGAACGAACAAGCUAACCAGCUUGAUGACUGGAGAGAACACGUCAUCCAGCUUCUCAUGAGGUCAUUGGUGGAUGAAGAAAACGAAGAGACGACAGGAGAAGAGUACGAGGACUCGACAAAGCUACAAGACGACAUCCUCGCGUUUCUUCAGGUCCUCCGAGCCGCGAUUGCUGACAGGCAGGCUGCAAUCACUGGGCAGAAGAACUUUUUGGUUGAGCACGAGACAUCAGUGGCUAUUUUAAACGCCAAAGCGGAACUUGGACCGUCUCCCGAGAAGCUUCUAGAGCUCUUCAAAAUACGAGAUGUCAUACAGCCUCCUUUUGUGGAAGGAGACUCUCUCACUUCCCUCAGAGGCUUGGUUUCGGAGCUGCGGGCCUUGUCGGUCAAGUUGAGGAAUGAAGCGUCGACUGGUAGCGCGAGGGCUGAAAAUGAGCUUGCUGUUGUCUCGAGUCUGCUCGUGCAGACCCAACGUCAACAGACUGACCAAGCUAAGGCGGCAACUAGCAUGGAGCAAGAAGUUGAACGCUUUACGGACACACUAAAUGCCCGUCUUGACUUUUACCGGCAAUUGCAAGCGCUCUCGGACAUGGUCGCGGCAUUCGAGGGCCCGGUGAAUGAUGCGGCUUUGGAAGGAAUAUUGGAACAAGAAGCGGAACUGCGGAAAAAGCUUGCAAGGGCUAAAUCUCAACACCGCUAUUUAUUCCACUUGAAAAACGACGACCCGGGUUCGGAGGAGCAGGGCAUGUGUGUCAUUUGCCAGUCGCCUUUCUCGAUAGGUGUUUUGACAGUUUGCGGUCACAAGUUUUGCAAGGAGUGCAUUAGCCCCUGGUUCCGUGCUCACCGCAACUGUCCGGUCUGCAAGAUGAGCCUUAAUCCGGACAACUUACACGAUAUUACUCUGAAGCCACAGCAGCUCAGGCUUCAUUCAGAAAAGGAUGUCCCCAAUGGACCGCGGACGACGCCGACAAACAUAGUAUCAACGAUCUACACGGAAUUCAAUCCUGAAAUAUUAGCAGAUAUCAAGAACGUAGAGCUCGGCGGCCCUAAUUUCACUACGAAGGUUGACACGAUGAUUCGGCAUCUUCUCUGGCUAAGAGAAUCGGAUCCCGGAGCCAAAUCCAUCAUAUUUUCGCAGUACAAGGAGUUCCUCGAAGUUCUGGCAACUGCGUUCCGUAGAUACCGGAUUGGCUUCACAUCGUUUGAGACGGAGCAUGGCAUUACGAGUUUCAAAGAAGAUCCGGGCAUAGAGGUGUUUCUUUUGCACGCCAGAGCUCAUGCCAGCGGACUAAACCUCGUUAACGCCAGCCACGUUUUCUUGUGCGAGCCAUUGCUGAACACUGCCCUGGAAUUACAAGCCAUCGCACGGGUGGAUCGGAUCGGACAGCAACACAAGACGACAGUGUGGCUGUACAUCGUUGACGGAACGGUGGAAGAGUCCAUCUACAACCUGUCGGUGCAGCGAAGGAUGGAGCACAUGGGGCGCAACCUGAAAGGCAAGUCCAAGGAAUCUACGCCUGAACUCGUGGAUGCGAACCUCGAAGCUGCCAAUACGCUGGAGUUGCAGCAGGCGCAGCUGUCGAGGCUGAUGGGGACGGAUGGCAUCUCUGGGGAAGCGGUAGACAAGCAAGAUCUCUGGACCUGUCUUUUUGGUCACGUUCGGUCCAGGAAGGCAGACGAGGAGCGUCUGCUCAACAACCCUGCGGCACGUAGGUUCCUAGCGGCAGAAGCAGCAGAGGCGAGGCUUGGGGACUAGGGAUGAGCGGGACGGGACCAAUGGACGCAAUGGAGGAGAUGAAUGGUGGCAUUUUAAGUGCUGCCAAAAACAGACGAGGUAGGUGUCUGUCUAACAGCGAUGCUACGACGGCCUCGACAUAUCUCUGAAUGAGACUUUACGAACAUUACGACUACUGGUAGGUGAGUGAGUGACAUUCUACGAUAUUAGCGCUCGGAAGAUGUAGAUGUUGCUCUUUGUACGUAGAGCGCAGGCCGUGGAUUACGAACACUAGAUUAGCUUUAGCCGCAACGGGGGUUGAUUGGAAUUUUACUCAGGAUCUAGGAUUCCCACGCCAUAGGUGCCCUGUAAGCGCCUCACUACAGAAAUGCAUUGUAGGUAAGGUGGUAGCUUAAUUAGGUAGCUUAUCCGUAUGCAUCCCGCGGUGCAGGCAGC